AUGGCAACCGCGGCCCCUCUCGGCUCUGCCCGUGCGGUUCCCCGGCCUGGGUCGUUGACCUUCCCCGAGGCGGUACGCGUCGGCCGCCGGCGCUCCAUCCCUGUCCUUGCCCCGCGGACACCCUUCUUCCGGACCGGGUUCUCCUGGCUUCGGCCGCCGGCCCCGCGGCGUACAGUGGAGGCGCAGGCGGCCCUGCGCAGGCUGGCUGUGAAGCAGCAGACGUGGACUGCGGAGGAGAGCAGCUGCCCCCCGGACGGCGCAGGAGCAGCACCCUUCCGGAUGAGUGUCCAGGUUGAUGAAAAGCCCAGAAUACUGACAAGAGAUUGUCUAAUUAUAAAGCAUUUUUUACACAGAAUCAUCUUGGUGCAUCCUAAGAUAAGAUUUAACUUCCGGCUCGAGGUGAAUGGGGUCCUGUCAACGAAUGUCUUCAGGAUAGAGGAUGAACCUGCUCUGAGCUUGUCCGACACAACUGUGCUUGUCGUCAGCCAUCAGCAUUAUGUGAGUUCAGAAUUUGGUACAGUGGAAUCACACUGCGGCAGAAUCCACCCUGUGCUGGCACAACCUGUGACUCUUCUCAUUCCCGAUGACGUGGCUGGCACGGACUUGCUGGGAGAGCUGGUGCUCACCACAGCUGCUGCUCUGUGCCCCGGCCCGGGGCUCCUUGCCAACCAGCCUGGCAGAAUGUCUUCGCUCUACAUAUUUCUAUAUGGACCUUUAGGUCUUCCUCUGAUGUUGUCAGCGUGGGAGGAACCAAUCACCGCAGUCUUCAAAGAUACCUCUUAUUUCAUCGACUGGAAGAAAUAUAAUUUGUGUGUGACACCCAAUUUGGAUCUUGACUUGGACAGAGAUUCGCUGCUUCCAGAUGUGAGUUACCGGGUGGUGUCCCGUCAAGGGGAGCAGUCUCAAGGACAGACCCUGCUGCUUUUCCUCUUUGUGGAUUUCCACAGUGGAUUUCCAGUCCAGCCAAUAGAGAGCUGGGGGGUCCACACUCUGCUCACAGCGCAUCUUGGUGCCGUCCUCAGAGAGAGCUGCCACAGGGUGCGAGAGUCGGUCCAGUUCAUCGUGGACCAAGUCCUGCAGCAGCAGCAGCAGGCAGCCAAGUCCCAGCAGAGGCUGCAGGCCUCCCUGUCUGUGGCUGUGAAUUCCAUCCUCACCGUUGUGACUGGGAGCACCAGCAGCAGCUUCCGGGAGACGUGUCUCCAGGCCCUUCAGGCAUCUGACACACGGGAGUUGGGGACCAAACUGCACAAAGCAUUUCGUGAGAUCACCCAGCAGCGACUGCAUCACCGUUGUUCCUGUGACAGGAAGCAGCAGCUGACCCCAGAAGAGGCAUCAGCCCAGGACACCGAGGCUGCCCGUGAGCAUGUCAGCGCUGACCACACUGAGGCGGCCGGCGCGCCCUCCGCAAGCAAGAGGCGCAAGGAGGACGAGAGGCCAGCCCCCCGGCCAGCCCGGGCCCCGAGCCCGCCCGCGGCCCCCGGCGUGUGGGGCGGCCUGGAGGACGCGCUGUGGCUGCAGGAGGUCUCCAACCUGUCCGAGUGGCUGCGCCCCGGCCCGGCGCCCCGCGCGGCCGCCUCCCCGCCCGCCCGCGGCCCCCAAUAA